GUGGCUGCAGUGGCCUACUCUCCUGACGGAACCUGGAUUACUUCCAUACAUGGCGGUCUGCUGAAGGCAUGGGACUCGACGACUGGUUUUCAGAUCGAAGACAAAAUCAGGGCUCAAAUAACCGAAGCCCAGCGUUUGUCAUUCUCUCCCGAUGGUCAACAUGUAUACACCGGAUCGUAUCAUCAGGUCUCCAAAUGGGAAAUACAAUCACGCAACGCGGUUACUAAAUGGCCCACGCAUCCUGGUCUUUACAUCAUUUCUUUAUUACACGCACUCGAUGGACGGUACAUAGCAGCGACAACGCAAGAUGUGUCUACCCUACAGAGGUCCCUUCUGUUAUGGCCCAAGCAAGGUCCCGAGCAGAUGGAGCUUACGAAGUAUGAUUAUGGGGCCAUAUGCACUGCAUUUUCUGAGACCCACCUGGCAAUUGGAUGCGACGACGGACGAAUACUCACACUGCACUUGGCUUCGCGUAGGGCCAGUGAGCCCUUUGCUGCCCACUGCUUGGGUGUGUCGGCGCUGGCCUAUUCCCCUGAUAGACGCAUGCUCGCAAGUGGUAGUCAGGACUGGACACUUCGCAUAUGGGACGUCGGUGAUGAUAAUCUGGUGGCACAUGGCGACCCUUUGGAGGGACACAGGCUGAUGGUCACCCACGUUGCCUUCUCGUUUGACGGACGACAACUUCUCAGUGCGUCGUGUGACCGGAGUAUACGUGCUUGGGAUCCGAGCACAGGACAAUGCUUAUGGGAAAUUUUCAAAGAUGCACCUGCUCCCUGCCCAAUAAAUUCUUUGGUGUGGCUUCCCGAUGGAAGUCAGUUCGCAUCGGCGUCAGGCGGCCAAAACAUUAUAUUGUGGAAUGCAAUGACGGGAGAGCGCUCCCUGGAUCCCUUCCACCCUCCCGAUAAUGAUCCCGACACGGUCAAGACCGUUAGCAAACAUCUUCAAACCAUUGAUUCCAUCGACGUCUCUCCAGAUGGCUUGUCGUUGGCGAGCGCUGGACACAGUGGUAUAGUUUGUUUAUGGAAUAUAGGCACCAAAGAACUCAGCAUAAUACCUUCCCUGGAUCCUGACGACUCCCCAGACUGUGGUUUGGGCGCGACUCCUAACCUCUACAAUAUCAGUUAUUCACUGGAUGGUUCCCUUCUCGUCGUCUCUGGGGAUAGAUCCGAUAUAUGGAUGGUAGAUGUGUCUUGCCCAAGUACCAUGCAGAGGAUUCAGACUCCGCACGUCUCUGAUGUCGCAGUUCUCAGCGUAUCCCCCGAUGGCACCAAGGUGGCAACCGGAUCAAACGAGGGGGAGAUUUACAUUUGGAACACUCGACACGAAAGCCCAGUGCUGGCAGCUGUCUUUUCACCAAACGGCCUCUUGAUAGCGAGUGGCACCAACGAUGGAUAUGUUCGAGUGUGGGGUACAGGAAAUGGA